UUAUUUUUUUAUAGAUAUAAACCAUUUCUAGUUGAAAUUACAAUGUAUCUACUGUCAAUUUAUAAUUGUUUAGGAGUGAAAUACAGCGUUAUUAUUAAUGAUAUUUUUAGAGACUAACAAAAUGUACCACACACUAAACUGAUGAUCUCCUAAUUAAUCUUGAAAGACGAAGGUACUGUUAAUGGCAUGCGCGCGCGAGUGACCUCUCAACUCGACAACUCCACUAUGAUACACCCUGUACUACAAACAAAAUAGUAAUUCAUACUUUGAAUAAAUCCCAUUGUCGCAAACCACGGGUUAUUGUUUCAUUCUGUUUCACAAAUUUGUGAAAUAGAAUGAACCAAUAACCCGUGGUUUGCGACGAUGAAUAAACCCUACACAUUUAUUUCUCAAAUGAAACCCACACUUUAUAAAUCAAUAAUAUAUUUAUCAUUUCAUAGAUCUUGCUUGCACAUAAUUUUUUUUUUUCAACUUCGACUAUCAGUUGUAGAAACUGAAUUGCUUGCAUAAGGAUUAAAUUGAGGUUUUUGAUUUGACAAUUUGUAUGAAAGAAUCAAUAUGUUAUUGGGUUGGAAUGUGCUCUGUGUCAAUGCAUAUAAAUAUGGAAUGUCAAGUUUUCUACAAUUUAAAUUGAUAGCACCUACGGGACGAAACACAAUCCAGGUCUAAUUCGUAAAAUAAUAAUAAUAAAUGAAUAAUAACUAAGACUUGCUCGCCAAGGCCACAUCAUCUAAAUAAAAUUUCAGUUUAUUUUAAAAUCUUCAUUCAAUACCGGAUAAACAAACUUUUACAUCCGGUUGAUGGUUGGCAGACGCUGCACUUUAAGACGAUCCACGUGUAUACCCCUGGACCUAUACCCGGAACUGCCCAACCACAAGCAUUGGAUGUAAGUGUAAUGAGGCGUUCACGAUACAAAAACACUGCAAAUACGUAGAAGAAAAAACCAAACCAGAGGAACGAACUGGUAUUACGGGUAGUGAUGAGUCUAUUGAAAUAUGCAUAAGUUAAUUUCAUUAAUACCGGAUUAACUUUUUUUUUUUGGAAUUCCACUUUCUUCCCAUGUUGUGAUAAUAUUUCAGUACAAGCCACUAUGGAAUAGGGAUACAUCACGUGUACAAGUGUGCUGAUGUCGUCACGAAAUACUAAAAGUCAAUAAUCUGUAUGUAAAGUAGUCUCUUUCUUUUUUUAAAUUUAAAGAGACGCUCUUCCAAAAAUAGACGGAGUAAAUGAUGUCAGAGGAGGAAUUUACCUGAGUCACGGUCUUUAUCUCACCUGUGAAAAAAAUCAACGAAAACGAAGUACGUUGAAUUACACCUUUAGAUGUCGAACGAUCUGUGCGGUACAUCCGACAUGUAGUGUUGUGUAUAUAAUUAUCAUAUCGUGUUUGUUGUGAGAGAUUUGGGGAAAAUACAAGAACAUUGUAGCUGUUGUUGGUAUCAAUGCAAGAAAAUAGAACAAUGCCACAACGACAUAUCCACAGACGGCCCACGAUACCGUUGAGAAAGGAGGAGAGGAAAAGUUUGUCAGACUUAAUGCAGGAACCGCUGAUCCCCUCCCCAAUGCUGGCAGAUCUCCCAGCAAGUGACGGGCGUACUGUAGCGACUCUUCAGCGAUCAGACAGUUACAAGCAGGCCACAUCGAAAGAAAACAGAAUAUCUGUGUUAUUCGGAUCUAAUAGUGACUUUCACAAGAAAGAUUACGACAAAGAGAAAUACAAGACUCUUCCCUCUCAGAUAGGAACAGUUAGAUUGACCAGUAGGGCUACUUCCGGUCAGCGGAGACGGUCGGCAUCGUCAAAUUUACUGGACCGUCAGGAAUCGGGAAUUGUUCCGUCCCCGGAUACAGACGAAGAUCAGAAAAGUUCCGGGUCCGCGAGGAAAAAGAAAAGUCGUAUUCAGAAAAUCAAAGAGCGAGUGUUACAUAGUUUUCAGAAGCAGACGAUCACCGAGGAAGAAAGGCGCCAAAAGAAAAGAGAGAAACAAGGGAGACAGAAAAAAGUGCAAAUGAGAAGGAAGAAAAUGAAGUCCUCAUCCCUGGAGAUAAUCCACGAACAUUGCAGCGAGAAUGUAGCUCCCCAGAGUCGGCUAAAACGGAUCUUCUCUUUCAGGAAAUCACACAAAGUUUACAAUGAUGACAAGGAUCAUCGGGCCAGUGAUAUGGUACACAAGAAAGAUAUUAACGGGGGAAUACAUGGACCUCGUGGAUCUGCUUCUGACGGGAUUACAUCUCGCUUUCGCGACAGUGUAGACGGACCUGAGAAACCCGUGGACGCAGUCUUUAAAACUCUUAUUUUCGGUGAAAUUCCAAAUGGAUCUUCCGUUAACAGUGAAAGUAAAGAACGGGCACCUGUUCAUCACAUCAAACGUGGUGAUAGAAGCGGACUCUCUCUGGACUUACCGUCCUCACACAGGGGAGGACGGAGGGUGGUCCGAAGAUACUCCUCAAAGGAUGAAUCAAAGGAAAAGGUAUCAUCUGGAAGUGGUUGGUCCCGGAAGGAGAGACGAUACGUCCAUCAGGUGUCUGUGUAUAGUGACAUAGAGAUUGAUGGAGACGAAAUUGACUCUCCGGAAACUUCGGACAAACAUAAGAAAGAUGCCCGUUCAUUUGAUGAACUCUCGUCAGAAGAGCGAGAACACAGAAUAUCGGAGGUAGCGAACCGACUCAAGUUUAUUGGAGACAAAGCUGUUGAGAAGUUUAACACAGAGAGUUCAUCCCCAGGAGUGGAAUCGCCUCACAGGGAGGUCGGAGGUCACGGCGCAACGGCAGAUGACCAUCUGGUGCAACAACUUGUUGAAGAAUUCCGCAGAGAAGGAGACAGAUUCUCUGAAGAUUACAACCUUCGAUCCUUCACCCCGAUCGUUGUAGACAUUGCAAAGCAACACACUUACACACAGUUCAAAAAGGUCAUCCACACUUCACUACAGAAUACGAUUGGCUGGGAACAGAUAGCGCUCUAUUUCUAUCUGACUAGGACAGCAGUUCACGUCGCUAAGGGAAGUGUUGGUCUAGCACAGAUGGCGUACGACUACUUCCGAGAGACGUAUUCAGGCUGGGUAGAGGACCGAGGCGGAUGGGAAACUAUGUUGGAGGAAACAGACUGCGAGCUGGAUUAGUUUGGUGGUGACGUCAUAUCCUGGUGAAUUUGGAAUUUGAUAUACAUUCCGUCCUGACGGACCUCGGAAAUCCAUUAACUUUUUAUCGUUUACUGUCAUUGAUCUCAUCUAUUAUGUAUAUAGUUAAGCCAGUACAGAUACGUGCCAAAGUUCGAUCAUGUGAUCUCGCCUCCUUAUGGUUGACAUGAAUCACGUGACCUGCUUCAGCGGGAACGUUUUUUUUUUUUAAUUCUGGUGCAAUAUUAUAAGUAUAUUAUAUACAUGUAUUAAUUUCAUGUGUUUUGUUUUUGAUGUUUGUUUUUUUAAUAAAACAUUGCAACCCAUACAAAA